AUGAUAAAAUAUGAAGAUGAAUGUGCUAAAUUAUUUACAAAACUAAAAACCAACUGGUCAAUAUUUAAAAUCACAGCAACAGCAGUUUCUUUUGUGGAUUUAGUUACUGCAAAAUGUAAUAAAGAACUAGAAUUUACUCAGUUUUUAAUUACAGCUCUUUUCUCUUUGCCUCCUGAAAGUGAUGAUAUAGCUUGGUUAUCUAAUCAAAUUAUUAAUAAUUUAAAAUUGUUAGAAACUAACUGUCCAAUACAAAUUAGUGAUUGGGAUGCUAUAAUUAUGAAAGCCAUAAAGUAUGGUUUAGUAGAAGAAAACCCGGAAUAUGGUUUUAUUAGAGUCUUGAGAAAAUUAGUUAAAAAAGCUAAUAUAGAUAAAUCUAUUUUAUCAAAAACUUUUGAAUUACUUGCUGGAUAUUCACAAUUCACUAAUAUAAUGUUAAAUCGGGCCGCCAAACAAAUUCAAAAAGAAGAAGUAUUGAGAUUGAUCGAAACCUUAGUUAAGAAAGAACCGUCCAUAAUGGCUCUGAGUCAUGUUCCACUUUUCCUCUGCUCAUACAAUGCAUCAUUAUCAGUUGUCGAUCAAAUAAUACUCAGAAUUCUUUUUCAUUAUGAAGACAAUUCUAUACCAAUGUCUAAUUAUAGACCUUACUUGUGGGGAUCAUUUGCCAUAUCACAUUAUCAAGUGAAAAACCAUCUUAUAUCAAAAACAUUAAACAGUUUUCCUUCUACUACUGAAGUGCUUUCUUACAUACCUUUAAAAAGACUGAAAGAAACUAUAUCAUGUUUUCCUAUUAACAGACCUCUAAACAUCAAAGACCAAAAAAUUGUACUGUACACCACCAAAGACUCUAAAGAUCCAAGUCAAAUGUUUGACCCAGCAUUUUUUUUGCCAAUGAUUAGCAGUUUAUUGGCCACAGAAGCACCAUUGAGUAUAGAAAAGUUUAGUAGAAAUGGUUGUCUAUCAAUGGUAUUGGCUUGUUUAAGCAGUUACGACUGCCUUAUGCGAAAAGCUGCCUAUCAUGUGUUAACAUUAUUGCGAUCUCAUUUAUUUUGUAGAAGAGCUGAAAACUUGUUUUGGGAUCAUUUUAGUUCUUGGGUUGCACAAGGCAUCCAAGAUUUGCAUUUGAAACCUCCUCCUCAGCUGUCAAUGAUUCAAGCAUUAUUUUUAGGCAGAAUGGUUUUAGCUAUGGCUAAUCAUGAGAAAGGCAUCGAGACUACUUGCUGUAAAAUACUUUUGGCUCGUCCUGCUGCUCGUCUCAGUCAUAUUCCAGAAUUUAAAACAUUUUUAACUACAUAUUCUGAACAUAAAGAUAAAAAUAGUUCACAAGCGUUGGUUUUUUGA